AUGGGGAAACUGAUCCCGAUCGUCGUCAUCCUCUUGGCCGCAGCUUCCGCUGGCGUGUCCAUCGCGGUCAUCUCGAUCAUCCGCUCGAGCCUCUGGUUCACCACUGGGGGCUGGUGGGGUGGCUGGUGGUACAGCACCGGCUCAUUCUGCUACCUCUCCACCUCCUCCGCCAACCUGUGCUCCUAUGGGUACGUGUUCUCCAAGCUGCGGCCCCAGUGGUCGCCGCACAACAAGAUCGAGGUGUUGGUGCUGGGCUUUGGGACCAUCUGGUGGUUCCCCUACGCCGUCGUGACCACUGUCUACGGCAAGCGCGCCGACAGUGCCGGCCUCUCCCAGAAGAGCGAGAGGACGAGUGUGUGGGCCCUGGCCUGGGCUGCCUUUGGCCUCUUCACCCUGCAGCUGGUGGCCUGCAUCCUGGACUUUGGCAACCACUCCAAGAUCGAGGGGCCCGCCGGCGCCCAGUACGGGAGCUCCCCACCGUACCAGGGCAACGCGCAGUACCCUGCCCAACAGUACGGUGCAGCCCCCCAGUACGGCUCGGCCUAUGCCUACGGCAACGCGACCUACCAGCCCCCCCCACAGUACCCCCCGCCCUACCAGCCGGGCGGCACCGGCACAGUCACCGGCUUCCCCCAGCAGGCCCCCGGCUCAGCGCCGCCCCAGGCCGUCCGCCCCGUCUAG